AACCACUCGACUCGUACCAUAUGCAUGAUGAAUUCAGCCAAGGAACCAUUUUCAUAGACGCUGGUCUGUUCACUAUAUGUGAAGCGUUAUUCUUUGAGACGCUACAAGAUACUGGUACACCAUACAAGCACAUGUGGACUGUCUCAUUAUUAUCGCCAUACUCCUAUCAGCUAUCUUCUGCUAAACCUGGCACCGCACUUGCUCUCAGGGUCUGCCAUGUAGGCAACACCAAUUUCCCACUUCACGUCAAGUUCCUUUGCAAGGGGACCUUUAUACCAAAAACGAGUCUCUAUCUGGACUCGAUAAGAGGUAAAUGGCACUGCCUCGUCUCAGAGGCGUUGUUUUGACUUUAUCGUUCUCUCCAGCGGUUGCUGCAGAGUGAGGCCUAACGGAGAUCAAUUCAGGAUUGUGGUGAUUGAGUGCAGAUGGGCAAAGAAGAAUGAACUGAAACAGGUCCAGGUGCCCCGCACGUGAACAGGCGUCGGAGUUGAGCGGGAGGACCCCACCAAAAUGCUCCAGACGACCCGCUCUGCAAACCCACAACUUUCGCAAAGCAACCAUCAACCCUCAACCCUCCCUUUCCCUGAUGGCUCCUGGUAAUCCCUUCUGAGUCUUACAAUCCACCCACUUCCUCGCUCUUGUCUUCUUGUGAUUUUUAUUGCUUCCCUUUCUGCAAUCGUCCUGCACGCCCUUUGUUGACCUUCGAGACGCGCCGAACAAGCCCAAGAGCCACGAAAACGCCAUACCCCAUUACCGAUCACGGCGACCUCACUCGACGAACAAUGGCACUUCGAGGGGCCCCUCGACUUCAGGUCGGGUCGGCCGCCUGGGUUGAGGAGGAACGGAACUCUGCCCUCGACAUCGCCGAGUCAGAAAUAGAAGAAUUCUCUUUCUCGGCGCGAAAUGAGUUAGAUUGGUUGAAUGAGCACAUGGCCGAGAUAUUCUCAGAAAACCAGAUGAAUGUCGCUGAACUCUUCAAAACACCCGGAAAAUUGCGUGGGAAAACGCCUAUGACAACACGGAAAAUCAGACCCUUGGAAACUCGCGUGCCACUGUCCGAUGUCUUUUCCUCAACACCAAAGGACGCGCCUAAUUCAUUCAGCAGCACUCAACGUCAAAGCCCAGUGCGAUUGCCACAAUUUCAGGUAGCCGAAGACAAGCCCGAGCCCACAGUUUCCAAGAGUACCAGCCCAGCAAGGAUUUUAGCGCCCCCUCCUGUCCUAGCUGUUGCGGCCCCAUCUUCCCUAUUCACGGACUCCGGUUAUCAUGGCAGCCAAAGUUGCGACACGGUGAAUUUGGAUUAUUGUGACAAGGACGAUGACGUCGAUAUGGUCGACAGCCCACAGCCUGAUGUCGAGACAGGAGAUGGCGAACCCAAUGUCCCCAGCGGUCUUGCAGAACAACCGAGUCCAACUCUGACGUUCGCCGAGCACGAAUUUGACGCUGCUGAUGAGAACGAGACACACCAGCCUACAACCUAUGCCUCAGCCAGUGGUGGCUUCUCUUCGGAAAUGGAACAAUCCAGCAGUCCUGUUGUGGUUCGAACUAAACUCGCAAUGAUGUCGCCAAGAGUACCAUCUCCUAAAAAGACCGAACCCCCUGCCAGGUCGUCACCCGUCAGAACAUCACCGCAGAGGCAAGCGCCGACGAAGCCAGUGUCGCCCCAGAAGUCGUCUUCAUCGCCUCGGAAACCAUCCCCUCCAAAAUCUUCGCCUGUAAAGCAGACCACGUCUAGUCUUCCGAGGGGUUUCCCGAAGCCUACGGAACAUUUUUCUAGCGAAAGACACGAGGAGUCGGAGGAGGAUGCCGAGGAUGCCAGGUCAACAUCAGAGGCCUCAAGUCCCAUCAGGCCAUUGGUGCGCAAGAGCAGUCUGAGCUUCGCCUCUCUGCCCGCCCGCGAGCCAUUGGCCUCUAAGAGCGGCAGCCGGAUAUCUAGGACGAGCCAUUUGGAUUUGAGUCGCCCAAGCUUCUAUAAUCGCCACACUGGUGGCAAGAGCCUGGGCAACACCAGACAAUACUCUGAUGAUGACAAUGAGGACAUGGAUGUCGACGAGGAGCUCACUGCUCAGCUGGAAAACACCACCAGGAUAGCGGAACACAGCAAGACUUACACUCAGCUGUUGCAUGAUCAGAUCAGCAUGUUGGGCAAGUCUCAGACUGCUGGCCCAAGACCUUCCAAAUCACUGGCGAAUCUCUUCGUUCCGCCAGCAGGUCAGACGCAGGCCAACUUGGGAUCCGUUACAGAAGCCAAGCUGAAACAAUCACUCGCAAAACCGAAUGCACCAGCUACUACUCCCGGAGCAUUCCCAGUGGACGAUGACGAGGACUGGAUCGCGGCCCCAAGUAAUGUUGUCACUGCAGCCCCUGCCGUGGUGCCAUAUAACCCUCGUCCUGAACUCCGCAAGAGCCUCUCCGUCGAAAUUAUGGAGAAUGUGGCAGGCAAGUCGUCGGUGAGCGAUACUGAGCAUGAUAUGCCCCCCAGCAGCCCCGCCACCGCUUGGAAAGCCCAAGCUAGCCCACAGUGGCAGCACAGCACUCCGGGGCAUUCGAAGUCCGCAUCUGUGCCUGCUUUUCCGACACUUGCGCAACUUGAGGGCGGUGAUGGUGCUACUCUCAAAAAGAUCGUGACGGCGACCCAGCCAACUCUGCCCUCUGUCGAAGAGGAUGGUCGCAUGCCAACACCCAGCAAAUCGCCUACUCGCAGUGCUUUCCGAGACAACCCCCUGAAGCAGGUUAAGAAUAAGCUGUCUUCCCUGUUGAGUAGCGCCAAGAACUUGAAUGUAAGAAGCGCAGCCAUCAGUGCUGAAGGCAAAGCUAUGAUCUCACCUUCCACUGUGCAGCUUGGUAUUCAUCCAGGACCAUCUGUUGAGUCUUUCAGAUCGGUAGACAACGUGAUGUACCCCGACCUCACACAGCAGCUUUCAUCCACUUCCCGACCACUGAGUCCAGUCAGGUCCAACAGCACCCGGAGAACUAGAGCGUCUACCGAACGAGAGAAGAUCGAGGCCAAGGAGCGGGAGAAGGAUUCUAGAGCCAAAGAGAAGGAGAUGAAAGAGUUGAGGCGAGCAGAAAAAGAACUGGAGAAGUUGGAUAAGGCACGUAAACAAGAGGACGAAAAGGCGCGCGUGUUCAGCAAAGAGCAGGAAAGACUUGCUGCCAUGGAAAAGCAAGUGGCCCUGCAGAAGGAACGAGAGCAAGAGCAACAACAAGCACGUGCGGAACAAGCUCGCGCCGCUCAUUCUCAGUACCGACCCCAACCCCAGGAUUUACAAACACCGGCACCAUCACGAAAGGCACUUCCGAAGGCGCUUCCCAAGUCGACCCGAACCAGCCCGGGAAGGGCCAACCGCCAAGCCGAUGAUCAAGGUCUCUCUGAUGAGGGUGAUGUCGACAUGGCCGAUGCGACCUCGACAGUCACUAUGGCGAUGCCCCCGUCUUCCAUUCAGCGACCCACGACUGCAUCGUCAGUCAGGACGCAGGGCAUCAAGCGCCCAGUCAAGCCAACCAAGGAGACGCUCUCUAAGACCACUCGGCAAGCGCCAACCGUCAUGCGCGUUUAUCCUCCCAGUUCUCAACAGUCUCAGUUCCAUCCUUCAAAUAGCGUCCUGGCCUCCAACCUCCAAGAGACAUUAGGUCAGCCACAGCAGCAGCCACCAAUGCAUGUGAAGAACAAGACCAGCCAGAGUUCAUUGAACGAGAAGAAGUCAUUGCCCAAUCUCAAGACAUCAGCCUCUUCGGCGGCCUUGAAACGGAAGGAGCAAGAGGAGCGCGAGGCUCAACGGAAGCGUGAUGCCAAAGCCGAGCUUGAACGGAAACGCAUUGCUGCCCAGAAGCAAGAGCAACAGAGGGAGCGUAUUGAAAAAGCCAAGGCCACCAGAGCACCCCCUCCGGCUGUUAGGUCACAGCCGAACGGGCCUCCUGAUUACAGCAUGGCAGACAAGGCUCCUGUGCGGCCUCCUUCUCGGUUGGGUUCCACUAUGCAUCAGGAAAGUCGACUUGUCAAUCAGAGUUUGGCAAGCGGGAAAGCGCCUAUGAAGCGUCCACACCAGCAAGAGAAUGAGGGCUUUUCCAAAUCCAAGUCACAAAAGACCACCCAGGAGACCAUACCUAUCAGAGUGAGCGAGGAUUUUGACCAAGAUAUUGAGAUGGCCGACAGCCAGCAGCGGACAAUGAAGCCACCGUCUGUGAGGCCGUCGGCUGGGUUUAAGGACCCUUCCAACAAGUCCAUGUUCUCGACAGGCUAUGCCAACGUGCCUCCGCCCAGUGCGAGUAGAGACCUUUUCAAGGCCACCGUCACAGCACAGCAUCACAGCACCGUCAAGCCGGCUUUGCACAACACAGCCCAAUUCGCCAAAGGUGCCAUUCCCUUUGCGCCCAACCGCCCUAUAGGACAGGCGGCAAAUCCCCACAAGACCCCUGCUCGGCCUGGCCCUGGUGGUAUUCCAAAGUCAGUCAACAGGACUGCGACUCGGUCAUCUCCCCGUUUCCAGAACGGCGAGGCUAUUGAACUCCCUGAGAUUCAGACGGAUGACGAUGACGAUGAUGAAGACGAGCAUAUCAUGGUGGCCGAUUGGGCAGAUUCACCAGCUCUCAAACAGGCAUUGCUGGCACAAGAACGCAUGGACCCCAUGCAAGUCUUUGGACCACCGGCCCCACUCAAUAUGGAGGAGGUAUUUAGCAAGAGCAAGGACAGAUGGCACAGAUUCAGGGCGAGAACGAGCUCGGCCAACUGGAGUGGAACGGAUAGGUUGACAGAAGACGAAGUCAGAAAGGAUAACAUGGCCAGAGAUAAGAUGAGACGGGAUGGUGGGUGGAGUUACGAGUUGUCCAAAGACAUUUCAGGAUAAACUAUUCUGAGGGGAGAUGCAUUGUUGGGAGUUUCAUUGUUUUAAUCUUUCGGUAACAAGUGUAUCAUAUAUGUUGUGGGGAAUUAAGAGAUAUCAAGGCUAGGGUCUCAUGACGACAAAGGGGUUUCCAUGUACAUCUCGGGAAUGAAUGGUCAGCAUGACGGAGCGCGUGGAAGGAAAGAUGUCAAGUUUGAAUAGGAGUAUGCUACGUAUGGCCGGCCCUGUUGAACUUCAAUCUGGCGC